CUUAAUGUUUUAUAUCAGUAGUGUUAUUUAUUUCAUAAGGUAACUUGCUAUAUUUGCACCUCAUACAGUUAACAGUAGUAGUGAAUAGUCAUUUGCACAUCAUGUCAACCAGUCCGUCUCUUAUUGUAAAAUUACUAGCUUCAUCAGUUUCUGUGGCCAAUAGGGCAGGUAAAAUAGUUAGAGAUGUGAUGAGCAAAGGAGAACUGGGUAUAGUUGAAAAGGGAAAAGAUGAUUACCAAACAGAAGCUGAUAGGUCUGCUCAAAAAUGUAUCAUUGCAUCACUUUCGGCCCAGUACCCGAAGAUAAACAUCAUCGGUGAAGAAGAUAAUACUGAUAAUGAUGUAGAUUUUCCAAGUGACUGGAUUGUGACUGAUGCAGACCGGGAAGUGUUGCUACUCAACUGCCCUGACAAUCUUAAAAGUGUACAAGAGGAGGAAAUUGUAGUUUGGGUUGAUCCUCUCGAUGGGACUGCAGAGUACACCCAAGGAUUUUUAGAACAUGUCACAGUUUUGAUUGGAAUAUCUGUUAAUGAGAAACCCAUAGCUGGUGUGAUUCACCAACCGUAUUAUAAAUCAAUAGUCGAUGGCGAAAAGAAAAUGGGUAGAACUAUAUGGGGGUUUCAAGAUGUUGGCGUUGGCGGUUUUACGCUAGCCCCUCCUCCAGACUCCUUGAUUAUCACUACAACAAGAAGUCAUUCGAAUCCUCUUGUUGAAAAAGCUUUGCAAGUCAUGGAUGCUUCGCAAAUCCUUCGUGUCGGCGGAGCAGGUUACAAGGUUUUACAAUUGUUGGAAGGGAAAGCGUCUGUGUACGUAUUCGCUAGUCCCGGGUGUAAAAAAUGGGAUACGUGUGGACCAGAAGCGGUCCUAUCGGCUGCUGGCGGGAAACUGACGGAUAUUGUUGGCAAUUUCUAUAAAUAUAGUGCUACAGAAUCCAAACCCAAUAAAAUGGGAGUUCUGGCUGCCGUUAGUGAAGAUCUCCAUAAAUACGCUCUCAGCAAAAUACCACAAGAGUUGAAAGAAGCUUUAGCGAAGAAAUAAAAGAAUAAUAAUUUGACUGAUAAGAUGGUGCAUCUUCUAUAAGUAUAAUUUCAAUCUUCAUAAAUGAAUACGCAUAAAGUUAUGAUUGUAAAUAAUACAUAACAUAAAAGAAGCUGUAAAGGGUA